CAACGCGUCGUAGAGCCGCAUUCUUCCUACCUUGUUCAUAUUUCCUCUCUGCUUUGGCUACACUUCUCCCUCCAGUCCUUUCACACCUAUGUCUGACACUCUAAAUGAAAUCACCCACUCGCGCAAGAGGCACCGCGGGAGGAGAAGAGUAGAUCGCUCUGCCAUUUCGGCGCACCUACUACUUGACGAUCGCAUCAAGGAUGGUGUGGGCACCUUGUCAGAAGACCUUAUCCAGAAUCUAUUCCCAGAUGCCGGCAGUAUUGGUAUUAAUCAACAGACCAUCUAUCACGUCGCAAUAACCCCAUGGCUCCCGAGCUGUUCCGUUGCACCUACAAGCGCUUCGUGGACCAUCCUACCCGCUCGAGCUCCUGAUAGAGCUGAUGGCUCUACAAAUCGACCGCACUCUUCUCUCCGAAUCUCACCUUCGAUGCAAGGCCUGCAAUCUUUCAUUCACAUACUUCAAACCGUUGCACCGACCAAGACCCCCCGACGAGAUACCCCAAUCGAAAUUCGUAUCUUUAGUGUCGUACCCAUCGGGCUAGACACCGUCUUUGUCACGCUUGACACUGAAGAAUUGCGAAAGUUAGACGAGGUUCAUGCGAAGUUCGGUGGUGGUUUCGAUGGUAGUCGGCUCAAUGGCAUAAACAAGAUCUCCAGAGAUCGGUUACUGAAGACCAAUGGCAAUUCCAGAGAUACGCAUACAGCUGAGCAAACUAACAAAGACAUUGUAUGGAGCAAGGCCGUACGAGACGCUCUCAAAUCGCCGUUCAUAGUCCAUACGGGCGACAUGUUACAUCUCCCCUUACCGGCCCACCCAAUCACACACGUACCCCCUCCGCCAGCGAGGAUAACAGCAUGUGAGCCAGUCGCACAAGGCCUACUGUUGCCUACUACUAGAAUUGUGAUCCUCCAAUCACAUCGCGGCAUCAAGCCGAUUCGGAUUCUCCCAUCUUCGAGACAGCCAUCCAUAUCGAGUGGCUACGGCGAGGAGGAAGGUGAGGACACAUCCAACGAGCAAUUCUAUUCUGCCGCCGAGGAACGGGGCUCCUCACAAAACAACACGCCUCCCGACGGAGAGUCGACCGAUAAUUUAGACUCCGACAUGUCGGGCUCAGAUGCAGGGGAUCUUUCGGACGAUUCGGAGGACAUAAUCUCUCUGAACGCUCCAUUACUGCCGCCUCAAUCAUCUGGCGUACUGUCAGCGUUCAGUUCCGCAACACCUCGUCCUGGUAAUUUCCUUACCAACGGCAUAGCUACACCAGGUUCAGUGUUCUCAAGUUUCACAGCCACGACGACACGCGGAGGCGCUCCGUCCAAGGGCCGCGUUUUCAAAGCCCAAGGAUUGCUUCAGGCCAUCGACAAUGAGAUGUUGUAUCCCAAGCCAGCACGUGAGGAUGAUAGUGAAACCCGAGUGUUUGUGGAUACCAAUACUCUUGUCAAAGUUGGGUGCUUCUCGGGUGACUGGGUGAGGAUCGAAGUUGCACCGGAACCAUCCCAGAACCCUCUCUGGGCCCUCGGUGCGUUUGGCGGAGUGAAUGAGGACCAGCCAGAGUGGCGCCCAGCCAAACUUUUCGGGCUGCCAGAGAGCAUGAUUAAAAAGGUGCCGCGAUAUCCUGUUGUCAAGAACGCCGAUUUCGAACGCCGACCGAGCUUUUCCGGCUUUGCAGCCAGCAAUAUAGCCUCUCAAGCGUAUCUAUCACCAAUCACUCUAGCAAAUCUGGGAAAUCCUUCACAUCUUCGCAUUACUCCUUUAGCCCCUCCAGCCCCAACACACUUACCAAGAAAUGUCAUCCACAAGCCUCGCCUCGCUAGUACUGCUUUACCGCCACUGGCAAAGGAGGUUACAUUGCUAAAGCUUUCCACUCCGUUAUCCUCAGAUCGCGUGCUCCAACCGAGUCUGUUCGCUGCGCUGAAGGAAUACUUUGAGCAGAAGCGACGAAUUGUCAAGACAGGCGAUUUAAUUGGCAUAUCAAUAGAUGAAACCCUCGGCCGCGCGACUUUUCAGGCAACGACAACUGAGGACGACGUGGGAGGCGAUGAGCUGCUCGCAGAGCCAAAUCAGCUUGAUGGUGAAAUUGACAACCACUUGGCGUCGGGUUUCAGAAAGGCCCACAGAGUGUCAUGGUUCAAAAUUGGCAAUGCAGUUGCAUCGACCGUUGUUGAUUCUGGUGAGAUACGUGACUUGGAUCCGUGGGGUGGUGUCGUGGUCGUAGACGCUACUAGCACAAAGAUGGAGAUGAAUGGAAGUGAGCAAAGCCGUACUCCCGCAUCAUUGAGCAGUACUUGGCAAUACUAUCUUGGAGCAAAACGACCCCCAGUGGCUUUGAGCCCCAGGGCAUCAAUACUGGACGAGACUCCACGACCAUACAUAUCUGCACUGCGUCGGAGGCUUCGAGAGCUCAUUUCUGUAGCCACCAGCCCGCGGGCUAUUCACCUUAGACUUCCGCCAAUUGCCGUUCUUAUUACUUCCACACAGCGCGGUAUCGGCAAGUCCUCUGUGGCGGAGAAGGCUUGUGAAGAUUUGGGGCUUCACGUCUUUCCGAUUGACGCCUUCGACAUCCUCACUGAGGGAGGUUCUGGAGGUGGUGAUGUGAAAACUGAAGGCUUUUUGAAAGCUCGGGCCGAGCGUGCACUUUCAUGUGGUGCAGAAUUUACAGCUUUAUUGAUCAAACAUAUCGAUGCUCUCGAUGCAGAUCGCAUGAAUGCAGCUUUGAAAGAUAUUCUAGCCGACUCCAGAGUCCUAAUCGCGACGACUACCGAAGUGGAUAAGGUCUCUGAAGGAGUAAGGGGAAUCUUCACACAUGAGAUCGAGAUGAAUGCUCCCGACGAAGGCGAACGCGAAGGCAUUCUGCGAAGCAUUGUUGAUGAUGCGGGAUUGCGACUAUCUCCCGAGGUCGACCUUGCCAAUGUCGCCGUCAAGACUGCGGCUCUGGUGGCAGGAGACCUUGUAGAUGUGGUCGACCGGGCCGUGGUGGCAAAGUCAACCCGUCUUGAAGCACUCGCGACGUUAGCAACUCAGACGUUGAGUUCCGCAGAACCAGUGACCACCAAAGACAUUGAGCUCGCAGGAGGCUCGUUCACCAACAGUCUCACCAAACCGGACUUCGAUGCAGCCGUAGAGGCCGCUCGAAAGAAUUUCGCCGAUUCUAUAGGAGCACCAAAGAUCCCCAACGUCAGUUGGUCAGAUGUUGGUGGGCUCACGCAUGUAAAGGAUGCUGUAAUGGAAACCAUACAGUUACCGCUGGCGCGUCCGGAGCUAUUUGCAAAGGGGAUGAAAAAGCGCAGCGGCAUUCUGUUCUAUGGCCCACCUGGUACCGGAAAGACACUGCUCGCGAAAGCCAUCGCCACCGAAUUUUCGCUCAACUUCUUCAGUGUCAAGGGUCCAGAAUUGCUUAACAUGUAUAUCGGUGAAUCCGAGGCCAACGUUCGUCGCGUGUUCCAACGCGCGAGAGAUGCCCGCCCAUGUGCCGUGUUUUUUGAUGAAUUGGAUUCCGUGGCACCCAAGCGUGGAAAUCAAGGCGACAGCGGAGGUGUUAUGGACCGAAUUGUGAGUCAGCUCCUAGCCGAACUCGACGGCAUGAGUGAUGGUGGAGAAGGGGGCGGUGGUGUGUUUGUCAUUGGAGCAACCAAUCGACCAGAUCUGUUGGAUCAAGCCUUGCUGCGGCCCGGCAGAUUUGACAAAAUGCUCUAUUUGGGAGUUUCGGAUACGCACGACAAGCAGCAGACUAUCCUUGAAGCCCUGACGAGAAAAUUCACGAUGCAUCCCCAGCUGUCACUGAAGCGUGUGGCAUCGAACCUUCCUUUUACUUACACUGGUGCAGACAUGUAUGCACUCUGCUCUGACGCCAUGUUGAAAGCUAUAACGCGACAGGCACGAGCAGUCGACCAAAAGGUGAAGGCGUACAAUGCUACCAAUGCCCAGCAGAUCUCAACGGCAUAUUUCUUUGAUCAUCUGGCGACAGAGGAGGAUACGGGAGUGUUAGUUACUGAAGAAGACUUCGUGGAGGCCAACAAAGAACUUGUUCCUAGUGUCAGUGCGGACGAGAUUUCACAUUAUGAGCGAGUACGAAGAACGUUUGAAGGUGCGGGCAAGAAGGAAGAUCAAAAUGGCAUUACCACGAUGGCUCGUACACAGAGCUCUUUGCAAGUGGGCAUGCAGGAGAAUGGCGCUGGUGAUGGGGAUGACUACGUCAUUCGCACGGAUCAUCUCGAAUUAAAUGGCAAUGAGAAUGGAAGUGGAAGUGGAAGCAAGGGGAAGGGUAAAGCAAGCGUCAACCAUGACAAGGGCAAGAGCAGCAUCGACAUUGCGGAGGGUGGUUUUGGCAGUGCUACGCAGGACGAUGAAGAACUCUACACCUGAAAGUUCCCGCCUUUCUAAGCCAUGCAGAAUGCCAUGUCGAAGAGGAAUGUGAAAGCUGUACACUUCAAC